CUGCCAUAGAUGUUGCCAAGGUCACACCACUAGUCCUUGGGUGGAUAUCCACAAAGAAUCCUUACAAAUUGCCCUUCCAAGCUGCUGCUACCGUAUAAGCAACUGGGGGAAACCAUAGAAAGACUUUUGAACGCUGCUAUGUAUUCUUUGGUUGCUAAGUAAAUGCAAGGGAUUGUUAUGGUAAUUCUUGUCUCCUCCCUCUAGUGGCUGUAGACCGUUUUCAUGAAGAUUCUGAAACUAUAGCUGUUUCAGACAAACGUCCUCGUCUCGUUUCUAGGCGACAGAUAUUCAUUUUUGGCCACCAGGAGGAUUGAUCAGUCAUGCCAGAAGCAAAUUUACAACCCUCUACUGAAGGAGUGUGCUUGACAAUAUCUCUUAUUGUCCAGAGGAAUAUGCCAGUACCAGUAAAGAAAGAGGACCCAGAGAAAAUAUCUGAAGCCUUGACUUCUAUACAGGUCCUACGGCUAGAUAGAGAAAGAAUUAGCUGCAUUACCAACCUGCCAGAAUUCAAACAUGUCCACAGCAUCUAUUUACAACAGAAUCAAAUAAAGAAAAUUGAAAACUUAAACUGCUUUCCAAACUUGAAGUUUCUGUCAUUAUCUGGGAAUUACAUCAACAAAGUAGAGAGUCUCCAACCCCUCCUCAAGUUGAAAUUUCUGGAUCUUUCACAGAAUUGCAUUGAUACUUUAGAUAUAGAUGAGCUGCCCCUGAACCUUGCAAUCCUUGACCUGACUGGAAAUAAAUGCAUGAAUCAAAAAGGCUACAGAGAGAGUGUGUUGGCAGCUCUGCCCAAUUUGAUAGAACUGGACCACAAAGGCAUCCCAAAGCAGAAAGUCAUUCUCCAAAAUAAUGAAGAGGAGGAAAAUAGCUCAGAAGAGAGUGAUUAUGAGGACUGUCCAGAACUCUUUCAGCCGCUGAGCACAGAAAAAGAUUUUUUUGUUGAUCUCCAUAAUGAAUUCAGUAGCCGCUCAACCCGGCGGAGAGAGACAGCAAUGAGGGAACAUGAAGUCCGUCUGGAAGAGCUGAGGCAACGACAGAAUCUGAGACAGCUUGUAUUCAACACCAGUGAAAGUAGAACUGAACCCCUAAGUUUACUAGAAUCAACAUCUCCAGUUCUAAAUGAUCUACCUCAAACUGCGAACCAUUUGGUUUUGAAUCCACCACAAAGAACAGAGAAUCCAACAGUUGAUGCAGGAUUGAAUAUUCCAAAAGAAAAAAAUGAAGGAGCGAUUCAGACCCAGCAGAAAAUAGCAAAAGGAAAAGUAUCUAGUGCAGCUAAAACUGCAAACAAGAACAUAAGAAAAUGAUAUUUUGUUGAAACAUUAUUUUACUUAUGUAAUUCCUUUAUUUAAGCAAACAAAUAUACUCCCUUUCAUUUGUGAAGCACUGUCUUAUUAUUUUUUUAAAAACAAGAUAUUCUGAUCUGUUAGAGGAGGUAGGGGUUGCCAGUCAGAAAACUAAAAAAAAUGUGUGGUCUACACAGUAACUUGCAAGAAACACUUCUACUGAGAAAAAAGGGAGAGGCAGGGAAAUUAAUAGCAGGUAUACUCAUCCCUCUGAAAUUUUCUUUCUAGUAAAAUAUAAUGAGCUUCUCUGUGCUUUUUAAUAUUGGUACAAUGAUAAAUACUAAUUUAUCUUUGAAACAUCAAAAGGCCCCAAGAAAAAUAAUGAAUUAUAAAAUUGCACCUAGAAAUCUUUCUUAGGCAAUUCUAAAUCUACUAGUAAAACUUGGCUAGGAACUAAAAUUAUUUACAUAUAUCUGAACCCAAAUGUUUGCAUUUUAGAGGCAAAUUAGAGUGCAUCUAAACCUACAGAUAGCCAUAAAAUCUCUGCAUUUAACCUGAAAUGUCUGGUAUGAGAUUAUAUAUUUUUAUUGAGAAAGUCACUCUGCUCCAAAGUUUCUUUUCAGGAAAACACUUUUGUUUCUUUGCAGUUCUAAGCUAUUUCACAUUUAUAGCUAAAUUAGGAUUUCUUUAUAAUAGUUUAUUGAAUACACACCAUAGAUUAAUCCUGUAGAAAGCCAUAUAUAGUAGUGUACUGUGCUAAUAGGGCAUUUUGUUUCAUUUUGGCAUAAAUGUUAUGUGAUCAUUGUGGUUUAGGUAAAGGUCAAUGUUCCCCUCGCACAUAUGUGCUAGUAGUUCCUGACUCUAGGGGGUAAUGUUCAUCUCAUUUCAAAGCCGA